AGCAUGUUUGUAUCCAGAAAGGAACCUUAUAUUGGCAAAUUUGUGUGCAUUGUUUCUUCAUUGUGUCUCAUUUUACAACAAAUAAAACUGAAAGCAGCAAAUGCCUAACCUACUAAAUGUUAAACUCCAAAAAUUACUUUCUUGUCCACAUUAACAUUUUUAAUUCUACAUGCUCUGCUGCCGCCUUGCUGCAUGUCGUCGGCCGUAUGUGUGCGUGUAUAUAUAAUUUAAUUUACCUUUUCUCCAGACCUGCAUACUAAACCCUCCAUCAUGAUGAUCAACUUUGGGCCAAAGGACCUUGUCAUUCUUGGUAAUCUAAUCAUGAAGAUCUACAAAACCCGGCCCAAGGUCCACAAGGUGCGCGUGCAGCGAAUGAAGUCCCGGAUUUCGGUUUUAGAAGAGCAGCUGCAGAUGGCAAAGGAUGUCGUGUCGGACUCGGUCCAUGUGCAGCAGACAGUGUGCCGGCUGGAGCAGGUUCUGGAGGAUGCUCUGAAUCUGAUGAUGAAGAUGGAGGAUCUGUCCUGGAUCGAGCGCUUUAUCAAAAACUCCUCCGUGGACGGCAACUUUGCAGAUCUAAACCAGCGCCUGAGUCAGGAGUCUCUGUCUCUCGUGCUCUCGCUCAACAUCAACACCCAAGUUGUGCAGCAGACCUUCAGUGAAGACAGGAGGAAGGCGGAGGAUGAGAAAGACCGAGCUGCAGAUAUGAAGUUCCUGGAGGAGAUGAAGGAAACUCUUCUCUUGGUGAAGGACAACGUAGAAGAGAUCAAAUGCAUUGUCAAGAAUACCAAUGACAUGAUGAAGGAUUUAAAAGCAGAACAAGACAAUCCUCCAGUGUCCUCUGAAGAGGACGCACCUCCCGCUCCCUUCAAAGCACAGGCUCCAGCUCCCAUCCAACAGGCCCCGCCCUACAUACCGGCUCCUCCCCAAGUAUACCAACAGGCCCCGGCUCUGAUCGUCCAGACUGUCCAAAUGGCUCAGCCAGGUUAUGUAACCCUGGUGCCUCAGCCAGUGCAGAUGGUACAACAGCAACAGACCCCGGGUAUGAUUUGUUCUGGAAACCUGGGUGGUGUCCCCACCAUGACCAUGUGUCAACACUGUAGAGAGCCAGUCCAAACCAGGGUGGUGUAUCACAGCGGAGUCUACGCCUGGCUGAUCUGUAUACUCUGCAUCGUGUUUGGGGCGGUAUGUGGCUGCUGUCUCAUCCCGUUUUUCAUGGAAAGCUGCAAGGACGCUCACCACUUCUGCACCAAAUGCAACGUUAAACUGGGUGUCCGCAGAAGGAUGUAGUGUUCACACACACACACACACACACACACACACACACACACACACACGUAACAAACCCCUAACCCUACACACCUCAUGUAACUAAUCAUCCAAUAAAAGAGUUGAAAGUAACAGGGCUUGGGUCUUGGCUUGUGUCAAACUCACUGAGGAGUUCCAACGCUAAGCAGAACACUGGGUGUACGUUUAACAGU